AUGCGUUGGAAUACCCUUCAAGAAAGUUUCGAUACUGCUCAUAAGGAAUACGAUAGACUUAAAUUUACGAAUAAGCCUGAUUAUAGCAAUCCUGGUUCCACCAAGAUCGUGAUCACUGGUCCUCCGUUAUUUUGCCGUAACUGUGAGAAAGGAACCAGGGAUUAUUCCACAGAAGACCCAACAAGGAAGUUCAGCUUUCCUAUUAUGAACAUCAUGUUACCUUUAGCACUUGAGUUUUACCUUAAAUCACGUCCUGACGAGGUAACUAAGACGGUAGCAAGAGAAACGGCAGGACUGUGUUCUGGAAUUGUUGCCAAAGUGCAGCAGUCAAUCCAAAAAAUUUGCGGGAAAUGGAAAAAGAGACAGGAUGAGUUCCGAAACUACCUUGUCAAACUACCAUGUACGGAAAGCAACGUCCGAAAAUCGCUGUAUUUUUUUAACAAAGCACGCCUUCAGAGAAUCCUCAAUCUACUUGAUUACAUCGAAGAACAGGGAUGGGCCGAUGGAAGUGGAAUAGGUUCCCUGGAUCACGAAAUGAAUCGGGAUGGUGCUGGAUACAUGCACACUCUUUUUUUCCUGAAAAGAUCUUUACAUCAACCCUCAAGCAACAAUAGUAGAUUAAAGAAAUUGAUAAACACUGCCAAAUGGUACAAUGAUUUUGGAGAAGUUUAUCAAUCGCGUUUCGAAUUCAGUGGAACUACGGCUGACAGAAUGAUCACGAUAUUUUUGUUUAGAUUGAUAAUUGUGUUGACGAUGCCUGUGACUACUGAAAUUGAAAAAAGGGAAAGGCAGAGGGAUAUGGAUGCUUUGAAGAGGUGGAUGGAUAACGCCCUGAGUAUUAACAAAGCAUUUGGAGGAGUUAUCAAACCUGAUUACACCGGUUUUCAUCACAAAGCGUUCUAUGCAUCAGCAUACGCGCCACAUGCGCUGCAUACAGCAGCACAAGUGCAAUAUCUCUUAGAAGGAACACACUUCGCUUUAUCAGAUGCAUCUAAACGAAAUUUACUUGAAGCUCUCAAAGUAAUGAGGCUUAUAUCUGUGAAGUACUCUACCCCGAGCAGUGUGGGAGGACGUUUUCCACACUUUUCUAACGAGAAACGUGAAAAUUACUUGGAGGAUGGACGGGUUGGCAGUGGGAAAUCAUACAUGAACAGCCUCGGAUCUCUGAAAAUAAUGAGCGAGCUCAAAUCCAAAGCCUCAGCUCCUGAGACCUCUCCUGAAGGUCACUGGUCCAUGAACUUUGCUGCCCUCUCAAUACAUCGUCGUAAGGACUGGGCCGUAACAGUCAAAGGUUUCAACAGGUUUGUGUGGGACUUUGAAGGAUCUACAAAGAAGAAAACUCCGGAAAACGCCUUUGGUACCUAUCAAAGCCAUGGAUCAAUGCUGAUAGCAAACAGUGAGGAGGCGUUGAAAGCUCACGAUAUUGAUAACGGAUGGGACUGGACAAAGGUUCCUGGAGCAACAACGAUAAAUAUGACUUUAUCGCAAAUAAGGCUCAGAGAGGCACGGAAUUUUAGUCCACUCUCCUAUGCCGGAGGAGUUACCUACAAAGGACCAGAGCCUUUAUCCAGCGGGGUAUUUGGGAUGGACUUCCAUCAACCAGAAAAUCAAUUCAUCGAUGAAAAGCAUCCGUAUCCUAAAAUUAAGCUUCAUUUUAAGAAAUCUGUCUUUUUCUUUCAAAACGUUUUAGUCUGUCUCGGAAGCAACAUUAAAAUAGAUAAUGGUGGAAAAAGAACUAUCGCACAAACUACUCUAUUUCAAGACAAACUGAUAAGAGGUGCUUCUAAAUUUUCUAAUGUAAUGGACGGCCCCGCCAAAGUCACCUCAGAUCUAUUCGCAGCUGUAAACCCUCCUUCUACAGACAUGCCUAGAGGCUACACCACUUUAGUGGACACUAAGGGCAACAGUUAUUACAUUCCAGGAUCAAGUGCGUCUGAUCUCAAAGUACAUGUCCAAAAUCAAAACUCCAAAACCGCAGCUGCUGUCGACUCCAGCAGUAUCUACACUACGGCCUGGCUAGAGCAUAGUUCCACGAGUGCGAAGUACGAGUACGCUGUGUUCGUAAAAACAGACUCUUACAAAAGCACUGCCACCACCAUUUGGAAGCGCCAGCACGGGAAUCAUUUGCUGUACACGGUUCUGCAACAAGAUGAUAAGGCUCACGUGGUACGAUUUGGUAUUUCACCACAGCGCAACAUACUCAUUACCCCAUUGUACGGGUAUGUAGUGUUUCACCCCACAUUAGAACUCCCUCAGGGUGGUUUAAUCACAAAAGUGACCAAACAAUGUCGCAUUAUGGUCGAGCAGGAUUCCCGAUUCGUUUUUUUAAGCAUCAGCUACCCUGAUCUGAAUUUCAAUGUCCAAGAUGAACUGGAAACAUCCGACGACGUUAACAGGGAGGAGCUCUAUGAAAUAGAAAGUCGUGAAGUCGAGGUCGAGGUCACCUUAUCAGUGGAGGUGAAGAUGACUCUCCCUGAUUCAGCAGUGAAAGUACAUGGAUCUCCAUUUGGCUAUCAACCACGUGUAGAAGUAAAGCGUAUGCCUGCCUCUCUUUCUCCUUCCAAUUCUUCCCCAGGAAAAGGGAACAUAAUCGCGUUCAAAAAUCUUAAGAAUGGGUUCAGUGUUGAGGUGAAAUUGGAGAAAUAACCAAAAUAUGGUCUGAAGAGAUUAUCAAUGUACUUUUUGGGUCUUUAUCGUCUUAAAUCUUUCUCGUAUGGUAUAGAGAAUUAAUAUAAUUUAAAGGGAAUCACCAAAUGUUGAUCCUUUAUCAAAGAAAUUGUAAG